UCAGAAGCAUCGCAUUACUUCUUGUGUUUGGCGAAAGCGUCGGCUGUAUCUUCGCGGAAAGGGGUUUUCGGCCCCUUCAGGUUCUGUUGAAGGAAAGCCAGCAUGGAAGGUUUGUCAUGCAGUAUCUCGGAUGACCCUCCAACUUCCACCGUCGUCUUGGACAGGUGCCACUUCUCCCAGGUCAUCUUUACAAACGUGGAGAAGUUCUAUGUCCCAGGAGCAGAUAUCACUUGCCACUAUAACCUUUCCGAGUACAUCAUUCCCCGUGGGAAAGAUUGGGUGGGCAUUUUCAAGGUGGGAUGGAAGACGACACGGGAAUAUUACACAUUUAUGUGGGCACCUUUGCCAAGCAGCUCCAACAGUGCUGAACAUGAACAAAUCUUGUUUAAAGCUUACUACCUCCCGAAGGAUGAUGAAUAUUAUCAGUUCUGCUAUGUCGACCAGGACGGGAUAGUCCGUGGAGCCAGUGUCCCCUUUCAGUUCCGUGCAGCAGCUGAGGAUGACAUGCUGGUGGUUACUACACAGGGAGAAGUAGAGGAGAUUGAGCAGCAGAAUAAAUCUUUGUUUCAAGAAAACCAGAAACUGAAGGAAACCUUAACAAGUCUCCAAAAGCAGAACGAAGAUUUACAGGAGCAAAUCAGGAAGGCACAGGAGACAGCAAAGGAGCUUGAGGAUAAAGUCCAUUUAUUGCAAAGUGGGACUAUGGAGCUUCAGAGAGCUCAGGAUCUCCAGGCUUUAGAGAUCUGCUCUACUCAGAAGGAGUUGGCUGCCAUUCAAGAAAAUAACAUAAAAUUUCAAGAGGAAAACCAGGAUCUUAAAAGAAGUUUGGCAAUUUCAAGGAGUGACAAUGAGACCCUCGAUUUAGAAGCAAAACGUGUCCAAGGGGAGAACACACGCCUGGAAAUCCAGAAUAGGAACAAGGAGGCAGAGCUAUGCCAGAUUAAAGAAGAGAAUAAAAAGCUGUUGACUGAAAAGGAGAAGCUGGAAAAUAAGUUGAAAGCUACCCUCGGUUGUAUGCAUCAGCUGCAGUCCCAGGUUUGUAAUGAACAGAAGGAAGUAGAAAAGCUCCAGAGCUCAGAUCAUGACAAAGCCAGGUUUUUGGAGAAGCUGAAGGAAGAAAAUGAUCAGUUAUAUGCCACCUUGCUUAGACAGGAAAAUUAUGACAACUUGGAAAAGGAACUGGAGGAGAAGACACUCUUGCUGCACACCCUGCAGAAGGAAAAGGAUGAAAUGGAACUAGAGUCUCAGAGAUUAAAGCAGGAGAACGAGGAUCUGAUGGCACACCUCCCUGAAGUCCUACAGGAUGUACCUGCUGGGCUCUUUGCUCAGCCAUCAGAAAAUGCAGCCCUUGUGUUUGGGAAUCCGUAUUCAACCACUCCAGAGCAUCCUGAUCCAGAAUUGGUCUCCCUGAAAAAAUGUCCAGUGUACAAUGAAGUCUUUCCAUGUGACAUUGGAGAGCAGUACUCGGACCAUGUGCAAAGCAACCUUCUCAGCUGCCCAUACUGUGAGGAGACCUUUGACAGAUCCAGCAAGCAAGUGUAUGAUGACCACAUCUACUGCCAUGGCUUGGACCUCAACUGCAGCCUGCCGACACAAUAAUCUGAAAGGAAUAGUGCCUUGUUCUGUUCUGUAUAAUCUGGCAGAGACUGGGAGUGAAAAAUUUCUGUAGGAUACGCUGCUGUUGAAACAUGCCAUGCUGGGCAGUGGGAGGGGUGUGUGUGAAACCUGCUAUAGGCAUUACAGCAUUGUAGCUUCCUUCCUUACAUUUUGUGACAUAUUAAUUAAAUGAGCACAGUGCUUUUGCUGCAGAAAAGGAUAGGUUGACUUAAGUACAUCCUUCUACUGCAUAAAUAGUGCUAUAGGUUACUUUCAAAGGGAGGAGCUGUUUUCUUCCACUGUGCCUUUCGCUAUGGAUGGUGAUUUGCUUCCUUGCCAUCUUUAAAUGGCAGAAAUCUCUCUAGCAUAAGAGGGUUUUAGGAUUUGAGUCCAGCUGUACCUGAGAGAUCAACAAGAUUUUCAGGGAGUAAGCUUCCGAGAGUC